AUGUUAUUCCGGCCAGGCCAUAUAGAAAGGAGAUACAUAGAAGUGCCGCAUGGUGCAUCUUGGGCUGAAGUAACGAUGAAAACAUCAGCUGUGCCCACUGCGAAGACCUUUGAAAUGGGAGACUUCUGUAAAUUUUCCUUCUCUGCUGCCAAAAGCUUUUCCUUUAGGGUAGUAAGCAGUCAGACAUUGGAACUAGUCAUUUCUCAGUUUUGGCCUAGCGGUACAGGGAGUCAUGAGACUGCGAGUGUGGAUUUUGAGGUUGUUUUGCACGGGAUAAAAGUCAAUGAAGAAGAAGUUAUACUUGAUGGUAGUGACGCCCCUGUCAGGAUUGAUGCUGAAACUCUACUGGUAUUUGAGGAACUUGCACCAGUGGCACUUCUAAACAAGAUUAGGGUUCCAUAUCGACCAAUAAAUUCUAAGAUUAUUGCACUUUCAACAGAUCGUGACAAACUUCCUUCUGGAAAGCAGAUACUGGCACUGACUUUGAACUACAAGAUCAAAUUAGAAGAUGGAGCUCAAAUAAAACCUCACAUACCUUUGCUAAAUGACCGGAUAUAUGAAACUAAAUUUGAGUCUCAAUUUUAUAUGAUUUCUGACUCCAAUAAGCAUGUAUAUUCAAUUGGAGACGCAUAUCCAAGCUCUUCUAAUCUUCCCAAAGGAGAAUAUAUUUUACAGUUAUAUUUGAGGUACAUGUUUCUUUCUGAGCAUAAACCCUGGAUGAGAGUGUGCAUACUUGUUUGUUUCAAUUGGAGCUUUCUAUAGAUCUGAUGACAUUAUGGUGACUUUAUAAAUUUUGAAAUAUAUUUCAAUUCAUAGGUUAGUGGUUGAAUGCUACUAGUGAACUAAUAUUGUUAAGAGGACUUGGAGGCUUGAUUUAGUUAUCUAUAUCUGUAAUAACAAAGUUAGCAUAUCACAAGUGUGCGUACUUGUUUGAG